GAUUUAAAUUAUCCACCAGGAACUAUGUGGCUGUAUGAGUAUGCUUAAGUGAGCUGGGGCUGCUUUCUCCCCCUCCCUUCUUGUCUCCCUGUUCAUAUAACCCAGGCUGCCUCCAGACUGCCUUUGCCCACUUGCCUCACUGGCCGUGAACACGGAAGGGUGCAGAGCCGCCGAGAAUGGGCACUUUCUUUUCUGAGCCAGGCUGGCUCUGCCUGACUGUCACCGCACUGCUGGGAGGAACAAUUCUUUGCAAACUCAAGACGAGCCCAGGGCAGGUGGGGAGAAAGGUGGUCUGCCUGGCGGGCCUCUGGGGAGGAGCUUACCUGAUCAGCCUGUCCCUCUUCUGGGGCUUAGUCCUCUUCUCCCUGUUGUAUUUCGUCAUGUAUACUUACUUUUCUGGCCAAGAGUUGUUACCUGUGGAUCAAAAGGCGGUGCUGAUCACAGGUUGCGAUUCUGGGUUUGGCCAUGGUUUGGCCAGGUAUCUGGACGAGCUGGGCUUCACUGUGUUUGCCGGAGUUCUGGAUGAACAGGGGUCCGGAGCAGAGGAAUUACGAAGAACCUGCUCCAAGCAUCUCUCUGUGCUCCAGCUGAACAUCACCAACACGCAGGAGAUAAAAGAGGCCUACAGCAAAGUGAAGGAGAAGGUGCAGAACAAAGGACUGUGGGCUGUGAUCAACAACGCCGGAGUCCUUGGCUUACCAACCGAUGGGGAACUCAUUCCCAUGACCGAAUACAAACGAUGCAUGGCCGUGAACUUCUUCGGGGCCGUGGAAGUCACGAAGGAAUUUCUGCCUCUUCUUAGAAAAUCCAAGGGGAGGCUGGUGAACAUCAGCAGCAUGGCAGGAGGGGUUCCAAUGCAGAAGAUGGCAGCCUAUGGCUCAUCCAAGGCAGCUCUGACCAUGUUUUCAUCAAUCCUGCGACAAGAGCUGUCCAAAUGGGGAGUUAAAGUCUCUGUCAUCCAGCCCGGAGGCUUCAAGACAAACAUCUCAGGCACGAGUCAAAUGUGGGAGAAGCUGGAGAGAACUGUCCUGGACAACCUCUCCCCUGAAGUGCAAGAGGACUACGGCCAGGACUAUAUCCUUAGCGAACGUAGUUUUCUCCGGUUAAUGAAAACCUCCGAUCCGGACAUCUCCCCAGUGCUCCUGGACGUUAGGCAUGCCAUCUCUGCUCAGAGCCCCUUUGCAUUUUAUGCGCCGGGGAAAUUGUCUUAUCUAUGGCUCUGUUUUGCUUCCUUCAGCCCUACUGGCAUAUUUGAUUAUCUUAGCGGAAAAAUAUAUACCUACAGUAAGAAGAUGCCCAGAGUGUUAAGCACAUCUAACUGGGAGGAUGAGGCUAUGUAGGCAAAUCAGUGGGAAAUGUUAAGCAUCUUGGAAUAAAAAGGAAUCUCAAGCUUCUCAUUAAAGUUGUGGCUUCCUUCCUUGCAGCCCCUGUGAAUUCUGUUGGUUGAAUAGGGAGACAGGAGGGAAGGGGGCAGGGCACAACUUUUAAAAGAAUGAUAGCUCCAUUGGGCAUAUGACCAAAAAAAGCUGGUUAGAACCAACUAGGCCAGAGUUGCUGGAAGAUUCAACUCCCAGUGGAUUGAGCUUCGUUAGAUGCUCAUUGUAAUUUAUUAGCUAAAUGACACACUCACAGGUGCCAGGACAGUUCUGAAGCCGACCAUAAAAGGCCAGAUGGCGGGCAGUGCUCCAAUUCCUGAAAAUCCUUACCCCUUCCCCGAAGCAGUUGGAGUGACCCUCCCAUUUAUUCACCUAUUAGCUUAUGAAAUCACCCAGCCCAUAAAAACUGACUGUCCCAUAUUUCAGGGCUG